GAGGAGGAGUAGGAGGAGGAAGAGGAGGUGGUGGAGGUAGAAGUUGGUCAGCAUCGAUGCUUCGUGCAGGCGGGAUGGAGGAGUUCGUGACGGAGGAAGAGGAGCCGUGGUACGACCAGAGGGACCUGGAGCAAGACCUGCACUUGGCCGCAGAGCUCGGUAAGACUCUCCUGGAGCGCAACAAGGAGCUGGAGGACUCCCUCCAGCAGAUGUACAUCAACAAUGAGGACCAAGUGCAGGAGAUAGAGUACUUGUCCAAGCAGCUGGAGAUGCUGCGGGAGAUGAACGAGCAGCACGCGAAGGUGUACGAGCAGCUGGACGUCACCGCCCGGGAGCUGGAGAUCACCAACGAGAAGCUGGUGCUGGAGAGCAAGGCCUCGCAGCAGAAGAUCGACAGGAUGACGGGCACCGUGGAGACCUUGCAGGGCCAGGUGGACAGUCUGACGACUCGGGUGGAGGAGCUGCGGACUCUGGAGGAGCUGAGGGUCCACAGAGAGAAGAAGGAGCGACGCAAGACGGUGCACUCGUUCCCCUGCCUCAAAGAGCUCUGCACCGCCCCCAGGUAUGAGGAUGGUUUCCUGUUGGCCAACCCGGGCAGCGUGGACCUGGCUGAGGGUCAGCCGGCGGAUGAGGAGAACGAGCGCCUGAGGGACAUCGUCUCGUCCCUGCGCUCAGCCAUGUCCACGGAGCGGUCCAAGAGGGAGGGCGCCGAGCGGGAGUGCUCCACCGUGCUGCAGGAGUUCGAGCGCCUGGAGCAGCGUCUCCUAGGAGCCGAGGGCUGCCAGCUGAGGGUCCGGGAGCUGGAGGCCGAGCUGCAGGAGAUGCAGCAGCUGAGGAAGUCCAGGAUGUGUCUGAUGGGGGGCAUGGAAGACGGCCUGGAGACGCUGCUCAGCAACGGGCCCGAGACAGACACCCCGGAGGUGUGCACGGGGCUGGAGGAGGGAGGGGAAGGAGGCGCUGGAGAGGCGGGGGGCAACGGGCAGCAGGGGGGCCCGGUGAGGAAGAGCUGCAGCGACACAGCCCUGAACGCGAUCUCAGCCCGAGACGCUUCGGGCAGACGUCAGGGCAGCUACGCCAUGCAUGCCAACGGCGUGCGCAAACGGGGCAUGUCCAUCCUGAGGGAGGUGGACGAGCAGUACCACGCCCUGCUGGAGAAGUACGAGGAGCUGCUGGGCAAGUGCCGGCGCCACGAGGAGAGCCUGUGCCACGCCGGGUCACAGACCUCGCGGCCCGUCUCCAGGGACCCCUCCAUGAAGGGGUACAGCAUGAUCUGUGCCGGGCCCUCCACGUCAGGGGCCGUCGCCGGGCCUCCGACGCCCCCGCAGACCCCCUCCACCCCGGAGGCCCUGGAGGGGAUCAGCCGGCAGGUGGAGCAGGUGGACAAACGGCUGAGCCAGAACACGCCAGAGUACAAGGCGCUGUUCAAAGAGAUCUUCUCCCGCCUGCAGAAGACCAAGAGCGACAUGAACCCCGGCAAGAGCAGGAAGAGGAACAAGUGAGCUGGAGGCGAGUCGGCCGCGGUCUACUUCACCUCGCUGUUCUGAGGGCUUCUUGUUUAACCUUCGCCUGCCUGUGAUUCUAGAGGCUGAUGAUGAAUAUGACAGUUGAGGGCGAAACCUCCAGUUGUUCUCUGAUUAACCUGAAGCUGCCAAAUGUUACACUUCCCCACGCGGAUGGGAGGAUUGUGUCGAUGAGGAUGGAAGGCCUUUUCUCUCUGAGCGCUCGUAGCUUAAUAUUUAACAUAACAUCUGUUUGAGGACAAUCUAGUAUGUGAUGUGUUUGUAACGGAGGUGCACUGAUGCAGAAAGGAUUUAACUGUUGCCAUUUUAUUAUUUAUGGAAUUUAAUGAUGCCAAAUAAUAUAUAAAAAAAACUGGAGGAAAAAGAAAACUGCCUUUGGCUUUGAAAUUACUUACAACAGUUGAAGCAUGCUUCUGUCUUAUGAACACUAAGUGCUAGAUUGGUCUUUAAAAGCAGGUACAAGUAAAGAUGUGAUGUUUAAAGUGUGUGCGUGUACACGUUGAGUUGAUUGGAUGUUGAUUGGUCUGGUUCUCAUGUGGUUUAUUAUGGGCGGAGAUGAAUCUGCAGGGUUUUUACAGAAUGCAUUAGAAGCUGCACAGGACCAAUGAUCAGUUAAAUUCAGGGAUUUGUUUGAUCACUAAAUAAAAUGACAAACUAAUCAGUUCUA